AGGGCCUCUGGUGACGGGCCGGGAAUAAAUGUCUCGCUGUUAGUUGCGCCGCCAUUUUGGAAGGAGAAGGCGCCGCGCUCUGAGGAGGGCAGAUAGAAAGCAUGAAUGUCACCACUUUUUGACAUCAGUAUAAUGGAAUGAAUUGCUUCUCACAUUAACUGAGGCUGGAUCACAUUACUACAUUCGCCAUGGUGGCGAUGCUGUUGAAAACAGGAGUAUGGAUUUUCAUAACAUGAUCGCCAAGUUCCACGCAUAUGACAAUACAGGCUGACUAGGACUGAUGAUUUCAAGUUUUUGCCACCUGAUCUGCAGAAGGUUGGAUUAUUUAGACUGCUUCAAUGGACCACAUUCAUGGAGCUUGGAAGGCUCUUACUGAUGGAAUUGGAUUAAAGGAUUCUGUCUUCAAUGGAUCCAGCUGUAUUUCACCUACUAUUGUCCAGCAGUUCGGCUAUCAGCGCAGAGCAUCUGAUGAUGGGAAACUUUCAGAUUCCUCCAAGACAAGUAAUACCAUUCGUGUUUUCUUGCCAAACAAGCAGCGCACAGUGGUGAAUGUGCGUAAUGGAAUGACCCUGCAUGAUUGCCUUAUGAAAGCACUGAAAGUUAGAGGUCUGCAGCCAGAAUGCUGUGCUGUUUUUAGAUUGCUUAAUGAACACAAAGGCAAAAAAGCACGACUGGAUUGGAAUACAGAUGCUGCCUCCUUGAUUGGAGAAGAAUUGCAAGUAGACUUCCUCGAUCAUGUUCCACUCACAACACACAACUUUGCACGAAAGACAUUUCUAAAGCUUGCAUACUGUGACAUCUGUCAGAAGUUCUUGCUAAAUGGAUUCCGGUGUCAAACAUGCGGUUAUAAAUUCCACGAACACUGCAGCACAAAAGUACCGACAAUGUGUGUGGACUGGAGCAACAUUCGGCAACUGUUAUUAUUCCCACACUCAAAUGUUGGUGAGAGUGGUAUGCCGGCCCUACCUCCUUUGACGACACGGCGAAUGCGAGAAUCUGUGUCCCGAAUACCUGUUAAUUCUCAGCACAGAUAUUCUACACCUCAUGCCUUCACAUUCAGCCCAUCAAAUCCUUCUCCUGAAUGCUCCCUUUCUCAGAGACAGAGAUCCACAUCGACCCCAAAUGUCCACAUGGUCAGCACUACUAUGCCUGUGGAUAAUCGGAUAAUUGAGAAUAACAGCCUGAAUGCUUCUCCCAGGUCCUGGUGCAGACGGUUCUGUUUAAGGGGAAGAGAUGCCAUACGUAGUCACAGUGAAUCUGCAUCACCACCAGCAAUAUCUAGUAGCCCCAACAAUACAAGUCCAACAGGGUGGUCUCAGUCUAAAACACCAGUUCCUGCUCAAAGAGAGAGAGCCUCAGGAUCUAAUGCACAAGAGAAAAAAAUUAGACCUCGUGGGCAGAGGGAUUCAAGUUAUUAUUGGGAAAUAGAAGCGAGUGAAGUUAUGCUUUCUACCAGGGUAGGAUCAGGUUCUUUUGGAACAGUUUACAAGGGCAAGUGGCAUGGAGAUGUAGCUGUAAAGAUCUUGAAGGUUGUAGAUCCAACUCCAGAACAAUUUCAGGCCUUCCGAAAUGAAGUGGCUGUUUUAAGGAAAACCCGGCACGUUAAUAUUUUGCUCUUCAUGGGUUAUAUGACGAAAGAUAAUCUGGCUAUAGUCACACAGUGGUGUGAAGGAAGUAGUCUAUAUAAACAUCUGCAUGUCCAGGAGACCAAGUUUCAAAUGUUGCAACGUAUUGAUAUCGCAAGACAGACAGCACAAGGAAUGGACUACUUGCAUGCGAAGAAUAUAAUACACAGAGACAUGAAAUCAAAUAAUAUAUUUCUUCAUGAAGACCGCACAGUGAAGAUAGGGGAUUUUGGUUUAGCAACAGUCAAAUCCAGAUGGAGUGGUUCACAGCAGGUGGAACAGCCUACCGGAUCUGUUCUUUGGAUGGCACCAGAAGUUAUCCGAAUGCAGGACAGCAAUCCAUUCAGUUUCCAAUCAGAUGUCUACUCUUAUGGAAUUGUGCUGUAUGAAUUGAUGACAGGAGAGCUACCCUAUUCCCAUAUUAACAAUAGAGACCAGGUGAGAAAUAUCCAUUCCCAGUCUGCAGGAGACUUCCAUCUGCCAAGCUGCUUCCAUAUUAUUUUCAUGGUUGGCCGUGGUUACGCAUCACCAGAUCUCAGUAAACUAUACAAGAACUGUCCCAAAGCUAUGAAGAGACUGGUUGCAGAUUGUGUGAAGAAAGUUAGAGAAGAAAGGCCUCUUUUUCCACAGAUAUUGUCUUCCAUUGAAUUGCUGCAACAUUCUUUACCCAAAAUCAACCGAAGUGCUUCUGAACCUUCUCUGCACCGUGCAACCCACACACAAGACAUCAAUGCAUGCACAUUGACAUCCACCAAGCUGCCUAUUUUUUAGGAGAUCAGUGUGUGUUGUCCACUGCUCUCCCCAAGAACAGUUAUAGCGGUUGAGCUUUGAAUGCUCUGAUUUGCAACGGGAUUAUAAAUCCAACAUGGGAUUCAGCUAGAUGCCGGUUUUAAGAACGUGCUGCUAUGAAUUUCUACCACAAGAAUCCUACAGGGAUAAAGCUCCAUGUUGCCUUUUUCUACAGUUUAUCAGUCUGAACGAGGUAACAGACUGUAUGCAAGAAGUUCUAUUGCUAUUUUUUAUAGAUGCACUUGAGCCUUAUUUUUCCCCACAUGCAAAAAAAGUAAUCCCAGAAGAAAGAAACAAAAAAGAAAGGAUUAUUACUUUGGCUAAUUUCAACUCUAUUACAUUCUGCUGAAUGGACUGUUAUUUUUCUAUAGCAACAAUAAUGGCUUCGCAUUUGAGAGAAGUAAAUGCAAGACGGUGCUGUUCCUCUGAUCUCCUAAGACUUUUGUGCCAUUUAGGCUAGAGGUCAUCUGCAAAGAGAACUUAAGGGAAGUGAGUAAUGCAAGUUGUGGAAACUUUCUGCUAUUAAGCAUUUCUCAAGAUGACUUUUAACAUUGAUGUUUUAAGUUUAACCAACACAGAUAGUUUUGCACAUAGGAAGAAAACACUCAUUUUACAAUGAGAAAUAUAUUCUGACUAGUACUGCUCAGCGAAGGAAGCUAGCACAAUCCUGCUACAAUCAUCUUAGAGUAACAUAAGAAGCUUGUUGGGUACUUUGGACUUGUUUCUUCCAGCGCCUGUGUGAGAAAAAGAGGAAAAAUAAGUAUAACUGUCAAUAUAUUUCUGCAAAAAGCAGCCUUUAGCCUGUUUUGAAAUGUUUUUUUCCCCCCCUGAGAUGCACUAUAAAGAAACUUGGCAUAUACAGGUUUUCCUGAUGCUGAUUUGGGUUUUAAUUUUGUUUUUAUUGCUCUUAAGAGAAAACAUUUAUUGUAAACCCAGGUUCUUCCGAUUAUCUUAUUUUAAUAAAAUAAAUUAAAUUCCA